AUGUCAAGGAUACUCCUCGCCCGCGCUCCGCGCCCCUUCUCCAGAGUGCUCAGCACGCGCAGCUACUCCUCCUCGCCCUUCUCCUCCCAGCCCGGCCCGCCCAAGCUGCCGGCCAGGGAACAAGCCGAGUUCGAGCGACUCCAGCGCCAGGCCGCGGUGUCGCCCGCCUUCCAACCCGAGGCCCUGGAAGCAGACAGAAGCGCCGCCGCGACGGCAGUCGACCCCGUCGUCGAGGAAUUGGGCGACGGCGGCCUCCAACGUGGCGCCAAACCCGAGUUCGACGGCGACGUGAACCCCAAGACCGGCGAGGUCGGAGGUCCCAAGAACGAGCCUCUCAGGUGGGGGGACAAGAGCGACUGGAGCUACAAUGGACGAGUCACGGACUUCUAG